AUGUCACCCAAGCAGCCUCAAAAGCAGACUACUGAUGGGUUCAAAGUCCCCUCUCUUCCUGCCACUACCAAAGCAUUUCCCGCCGCACCACCGCUUCCAUACACGCCGCCAUCCAACGCCAUUCGACCCACGCACGACUACAUUGUGGAAGUGAUCAAGGAUGGUGCACUCUUGGAAAGUCAUAAACUAAACAUGACGCAAACACACUUUACCUUUGGGCGACUUCCCACGUGCGAUUUCUCCAUGGACCACGUAUCUGUAUCGCGCUACCACGCGGUUCUACAAUUCACGACCGAUGAAGUUGUGAUUUGUGAUUUGGGCAGCAGCCACGGGACGUUUGUGAAUAAGCAGAGAGUGGAUAAGCGUGAGCCCAGGAGAGUGGAGGUUGGAGAUCAGAUUAGGUUUGGCGCAAGCUCGCGUGUUUGGGUAUUUGGUGGCGGUCCGCAGUUACCGGAACCCAGGGAGAUUGUCGCCAACGCAAAGCCUUCCAAUAGUCAAAAAGCCAUGCCGUUCAAUGAUCCUGUAAAGUCGCUCAAGGCAUUCCUUGCGGAAUACGACAACACGUACAAUCCCGAGAUCAUAUCAGGAGCUGGGUCUCUUGGUGAUAAUCUGAACACAAAGUACACGGUGCGUAUUGAACUUCCCUUCAACGACGAGUUUGGAAACCCACUAAUAGUGACAUCUACAGGAUCCACAAGAUCUCUAGCCGAAAGACAAGCUUGCACGAGCGCAUUAGAGGAACUGGCCAGCCAAGGUAUCCUCAACACACAUUCCACAAAGCUACAGUCGCAGACACAGGUGAUGGAAGAUAGCGACGAGGAUUGUUAUGAUCUCACGCAGAGUGCCGCGAAAAGCGAGAGUGUUGUCGAGACAUUUGAGUCCUUGGUAGAGAAGCUCAAGCAGGUGGAUGAGGACAUGGUGCAGGCGCAACAAAAAUGGAUAUCGCGCCGGAUGGCGACGGCCGUGUUGCAGCCGAAGAGGUGGACGAGCUGGAUGCGUAUAUGA